UAGCGGUCAAACGUUCGAACUAUUAUAUGUACAUUUCUUUCUUCGCUAUUUCCUUCGUAACAGAAACUUAUGCAAAUCUAAGAAACGAUGAGAGAUGAAAUAUCCGUUCGUACUGUGAAGCUUAGAAUUUUUUGAUCAUCGGAACCACGGUUUAUAUGGCCGUGGUUAGAAUACGUGUGCAAUCGUGAAUCGUCCAAAAUCGUACAAUUGAAUCGUGUUUUUAUUAGUGUCUUUAUAAAAAAAUAUACAGUGAACAAUUACAGGUGCAAGGAAGCGUAGUUCAUUUUUGUGGAUUAUUAAUCCUUGCAGUUUAGGUAGACACGUUGCUUCGGUUCCUUAGUUUUAGUGAUUAAUAUUAAGUUUCUUCUUGUUUCUUACAAUCGAUUGCUAUAACUCAAAAAACAGCAGUAACAAUGCAUAGACACGGUACUUAUGAUAGAUGUAAAUUUGUUCAUUGUAACAACGGAAGGCACAAUGGACACCGUUUGUUUCGAUUUCCAUCUAAACCAGAAAGACAGAAAAAAUGGAUAGAAAAUGCAGGAAAUAGUUGGCUUCGAUUCUUGUCGACCUCCACGAUCAGGACUGCAGGACUUUGCGAUCUUCAUUUCCGAGAGGAAGAUUUUUGCGACGGAACGAAAAAGCGUUUGCUUCGGAAUCGUGAUCCAAUCCAUUGGAAGGAAAUAUCGACGUCCCAUGGGCAGACACAGGCGAUUGUUGAACCGCAAGAAUCAGGGGAUUCCACAGAAGUAGCAGUAGAAGAACAGAACAGAAGAACAGAAGAAGUGCAGAAGCUUCAAGAACAAGUACCAAGUCCAAGAGAAAUCUGUGAUAAAAAUCUUCAAGAAAAUGUUAACUGUGAUAAAAAUCUUCAAGAAAGUAUUAACUGUGAUAAGAAUCUUCAAGAAAAUGUUUACUGUAGUAACCUCGACGAUUUUAGUAUUAGAAAACAGUCAAACCUUAAUUUAUGUCCUUCGGGGAAAGAAUUGUUCCUUAACACUGCUUCGGAUGAUACCGAUUUGUCAUUUUUAAAUUACGAAUUAGAUGCACAAGCACCUACACCUUGCGAAAAUUUGACAGUUGUUUCGUUUGCAUCAAAAAAAGAUUUUCGAUGCUCCAAAGAAUGUAAAAUAUUGGUUGAUUCCUUAACAAAAAAAAUAAAUCUUUUACAGAUAAAGGUAAAGCGAUUGGAAAAGAGAGCAAAAUGUGUACAAAGUAAAUAUUCAUAUGUACGCAAGCAAUUAGAAAAGCAACUAAGCCAAAAAAUUCGCAAUAUUGAUGAUUUUUUAGUAACGAAUAAACUAGCUAAGAAUGUAGGUCCGACGGCGAAGACUAUAAUUAAACUACAGUUGCGUACAAAAAAGACUCAAUAUACAGACGACGAGAAAGAGUUAGCGAAACAAAUUUAUUUUCAGUCUCCAACUAACUAUACUAAAUUGCGAAAUGUGGGUUUGAUUUUACCUUCAGAAUCCAUAGUUCGAACAUGGUUCUCCAAGUAUGAUGGUUCCGAGAAUGAAUGAAAUGAUCUUUUGAAAAAUUUCUGUUUAUGUAAUUGAGAAGUUUGAUAAAAAAAAAGGGCAUGUAUGCCAAAAUCCCAUUUUAAGAAAAUUGAUUUUAAAGUUUUCAUUAUGGUAUUACUUACUGAAAAGUAAUUGAAUCCAAAUUUUUAAAGGUGUAUUAAUAUAUUCUUAAAACGUUCUGAAAGCAAAAAUAAUAAUUAAAAGAUGA